AUGAAUAUUAAACUAGAUGAAGUAGAAGAACAAAUUAGUGACCUGAAGGACAGAUUCCACUUGUCCUAUUCAGACAAAGAACGCUAUGAAAAUGAAGAAAGACCUGAGGUCCAGAAGCAGAUGCUCAUCGAUAUGGCCAAAAAGCUACCAGUUUACACAAAAACUGGAAGUGAAGCUGUUAGAUUCUGUGACCGGUGCCAUUUAAUCAAGCCAGAUCGCUGCCACCACUGCUCUGUCUGUGCCAUGUGUGUAUUAAAAAUGGACCAUCAUUGCCCUUGGGUUAAUAAUUGCAUUGGAUUUUCCAACUACAAAUUCUUUCUUCAGUUUUUAGCUUAUUCUGUUCUCUACUGCCUGUACAUUGCUACAACAGUCUUCAACUAUUUCAUCAAAUACUGGAGAGGGGAAUUGCCCAGUGUUCGCUCAAAGUUCCAUGUUCUUUUUCUCCUCUUUGUGGCCUGCAUGUUUUUUGUCAGCCUUGUGAUUCUCUUUGGUUACCAUUGUUGGCUUGUCAGCAGAAACAAAACCACCUUAGAGGCCUUCUGUACUCCAGUGUUUACAAGCGGCCCAGAGAAAAAUGGGUUCAACCUUGGCUUCAUCAAAAAUAUCCAGCAGGUGUUUGGAGAUAACAAGAAGUUCUGGUUAAUACCUAUUGGGUCCAGCCCUGGUGAUGGACACUCCUUCCCUAUGAGAUCUAUGAAUGAGUCACAGAACCCACUGCUAGCAAAUGAAGAGCCCUGGGAAGAAAAUGAGGAUGAAAACCGAGAUUAUCCAGAAGUUUCAUCAUCUCUUGCUGUGGAAACAGAAACAUAGCAGUUUACACAUUUCCUGCAUCUCUCAGGACCCUCCAUCUCCCAUGAGGCUUACAGAAUUCAAUGUUGGGAACCAUUUUAAUCUUCAAAAUAAGUCACCAUUGUGGAUUGAAAGCUUCACAAUUUAAAAGCAUUCCAUCAAAUAUUUGCUGUGCAGAUAGAUGUUUCAGGACUUUACAAUCUAUUUAAUUUACUAACUGAACCCAUUGAUCUG